AACAUGAGAUAUUGUAGAAGUCAGUAGAAAGCUAGAAAACAUCACUGACGAAUAUUGGUAUUGUACUCAGAAAUUUGUACGCACCACUGAAUGAAUCGAUCAAUCCUUAUCGCAAUUAGAAACAAUGUUUUACGAUCGCUUGUUCAUUAUGAUUUCCGUAAACAAUGAGACAAUAUUAUUUUUUUCUCUGAAUGCGACUUCUAUCCGUGAAAUUAAAUUCAUUAGUACAAUAGUACGAUCAAAUCUUUCGGAGUGCACAAUGCUAUCAUGUUUCGAUUACACAAUUCAAAUUGCUUUGUAUACGAUCCAUGCUGUAAAUUCCUUGUCCAUAUUGAACAGUCCUGGGUACGUCAUGGACAAUAGUGGAUCGGAAGCUGAAGUUACAAGUCUUUUAUCAUCAAAAUCCUACGUGCCCAAGGAUCGGGACUUACCAAAGACGCUCGUAAAGAACAUUGAAAAUGAUGGAACUUAUAUUCUAUCAAAGUUAUCAGAUGAUCAGUUAAUCAAAUUGUUAAGUGAACAGCCAACAAAAAAUGAAUAUUAUCUGAGCGAUCUCAUCAAAUUAGCUGUUGGUAAUACCGCCAAGGACGACAAUAAAAUGAUUCCUGACUUGACGAAAAGUAAAGUACGUGACAAUAUGUUGAACAAUGGUUUUGAAAUGCAAUCCAACGUUAAAAAUCGAUUUCGGACAGUAGAAAAGCCAACAAUUGAUAAAGCCCAGUCUGCUUAUUUUAGACUAGAAAAUAAAGAAGUUGAUCCAUAUCAUGUAAAGAACGAAGCUGAUUACGCCGCUUUCCAGAAGAUAAACAACUUGUUGUAUAGUCGACCUCAAGUUGACGAAUUGAGUGAAGAAGAUGAAGAGAAGAAAGAAUUACUUUUCGAUGUUUUAGUGGCACAACUAAAGUCUCUAUGUUGUAAAAAAUCGAAGAAAAAAAAGAAAAACAAGAAGCAAUACCUAAACCAAUUUUUACCACGAGCACCUAUAUCGAAAAUGUAUGCAGAAGAUUUAAAGCCACCUCAGUCGCUCAAUGAAUACAUGUUUUUAAUAAUGAAUGAAGAAGUUCGAGGCAAUGGUAGUGAAGAACUAUUAUCGGUGGAUCCUGAAAGCCUAGAGAAAAAUAGCAGUGUUUUACUAUUAGGUCCUAUAACAACACCCUUAUCCGAUAAUCAGUUAAAAACAGUUAUGACGAGAAUUUCUAAUGAAUUAUCGAAGCAAGAAUACGUCCCCCUUCUACAGCAACUGGCGGAGGGUUCAGUCAGCAGUGGACAUUUAAACUUAUUAAAAAACGUUAUGCACAGUCCACUAACUAGGCGUUACAUAAAACCCCAUAGGUGUAAUCAUCAAUCUAAACUUGCAAAAGUAUAUGGAGGCCCAAAAUGGAUAAUUUGUACAGGUUAUUUGAAUAUUAAUACACCAAGUUUAUACGAUUAGAACAAUCAACGAAAAUGUGACGUCUUUUAAUAGUUUUAUAGCUUUAAAGAUAUCUUUAUUGGAAAAGCGUAUUAAACGGAAAACAUGCUGG